CCGCGCGUGCUCAACAUGGCGUUCCGUGGUCAACGUUUUGUAUUGGAUCUCGAUGAUGAGGAGGACCAGGCCCCGCCGGUCAUUGAUCCUCAGGAUUCCUCCUCGUUCUCCCUGCCUGGGAUGAUCGGCGAGAUCCGCGAACGUGAGCCGACAGCUGCCCCCGCGCCUCCGAAGCCUCCCUCCGCCGGUUUCCCUGCACAUCGUCGUCGCGCCAAACCGUCGGCUUUCAAACAGCGACGAGAUGCUCCUUCCACAGCCCCAGCCCCGGCUGCAUCGGUCUCCGGUCCGGUUGACGAGAAGACGGAAAUCGGGCAAGAAAACAGUCGCCACCUAGCAGCCAUGUCCGCGGAUCAAAUCCAAGCCGAGCGGGAGGAGCUGCUGGAAUCCAUGGACACGUCCCUCUUGGAGAAGUUCCUUCGCAGAGCUCGCAUCGAUUCUCCAGAGGAAUCCUCGACUCCCCGGCCAGGUCCUUCUGCAUCAUCUCCCCCGCCGACGACACGCUCGACAGAGCCCACGCCCUCUCAACAGGUCCCAUCUGCUCCCAAACCCACCAUCAAGCCUGAAUCUGCGCCGCGCAAGGACCAAGACAAGGCAACUUCUCAGCUCGACGACCGAGCUCCGACACAUCUCCCCGACGAUCUACACCCAGCGUCCGAAUUUCCCACCGACGGGGCGGUCCACUUCCCAACUCCGCCCUCCCAGUCGUCCACCAUGCCCAACCUCGACCCAUCAUCCCCCUCAUUCCUCUCCGACCUGCAAAAGCACUACUUCCCCAACAUCUCCCACGACCCGUCCGCUCUCUCCUGGCUCAAGCCCCCCUCUGCGGAAGCCGACGCUCCCGACGCCGAGUCCGCAUACCACCCGGCCAGCGAAGCUCAAGCCGUUCAUCCCGCGAAUCUCCGUUUCUCCUUGGUCGGCACCGUCCUUUCUCCCAGCACGUCGCUGGCGCUGCCCACGACCCUCGGCCUCCACCACCACGGCAACGACCCGCACGCCGCCGGGUACACGAUCCCAGAGCUCGCGAUCCUCAGCCGCUCCUCGUUCCCCGCGCAACGGUGCGUCGCCUGGCAAGUGCUGGGCCGGAUCCUGUUCCGUCUCGGAAAGGGCGAAUUCGGCGAACGCGGCAGCACGCUGGUCGAGGGACUGUGGUCCGUCGUCGAGCAGGAGCGCGUGGUUGCCGGCAUGCUGGCCGAGGCGGACGGGGGGUCAUCCGACACGAAACGAGAUAAGGAGCAAAAGGCAGCCCCAGGGCCCUCCGGAGUUGGCAGCGGUAUCGGUCGUCACGCAAGUGCCAAAGCGUGGGCCGUCGAGGGAGUGUGGCUCUGGCAGUCGGGAGGUGGUGGAGAUCGAGGGAUUCUGAAGGAGGGAGAGUUUCGAUCGCAAUAGUCUCUUUUCUCUUCCUUGGUAUUUUUCUUCUGCCAUGUCUCCUUUAGUGGCUUUUUAAAAGGCAAAAGUGUAAUUUAAGGCUGGCCUGGCGACGUAUGGCGCAUGGGGAUGGUCUAUUUAUUACCACGUAGUUAGUAUUCGCCGUGAUGAAUGAAAUGAC